AUGGCUUCAUCAUCAAUAGUGAAUUCAUGGACAGAAUGGGGUACAUUAGAACUUAUAUGCGUAGGCACAGCUGAAGGUAUGUGUUAUCCCGAUGAAACUCCCUCGUACCCAUGGCAUACGGGAUCCUCUAAUAUGCGUCCGUAUAUUCGUGCAAUUUCUGGUCGACGACCUCGUCGUUGUAUCGACCAAGCACAAGCUCAGUUGGACAAUCUUACCGAAUUACUCCGGGCUGAAUCGAUCGUAGUUGCGAACUCUACAGAUGAAAUAUUCGACAAUAAUAUCGCACAAGUUAUGACUCGAAAACAAUCAUCAAUAGGUCAUAAUACAUUAGAAAAUACUGAUGGGAGAAUUAUCCAGAAGAGUAAGAUUGAUGUGUGCCGACCUUUAAAGGCACCAGAGGAGGAGCCGCUUUGUUUUAAUCAUCAGCUAUCUACACCACAUUUCAAAUCUCAAUAUCAGUUUGGUCUGGCAUGUCCACGGGAUGUUUUGAUUACGCUAGGUGACACAGUGUUAGAAGCACCGACAUCUGUUCACACCAGAUAUUUUGAAUCUGAGUAUUAUAAACCACUUCUUUAUUCAUUAUGGAAACGUGAUUCGAAUAUGAAAUGGCUUCAACCACCAAAACCGACAUGUUCACCAAUAAAAAUGUUCCAUGAUGUCGAUUUCUGGGAAAAACUAAAUACAAAGGAUUAUAAUAAAAUAACGUUUGCUAACAGUGGUUACAAGACAAAUCUAAAUGAAAAUGAAAUUGCUUUUGAUGCUGCUGAUAUGAUGCGCAUGGGAAAGGAUGUGUUCUAUAAAAAAUCUGCAUCAGCAAAUAAUGAAGGUUUAUAUUGGCUUCGUCGCACAUUUCCUCAUCUUCGUUUUCACAUGUUGCAUUUUCCAACUGAUGGUAGUUAUCAUUUGGAUGCUUCCCUUGUACCAUUACGACCACCAACGUCAGGUUCACAUGGUCUUGUACUUAUUAAUCAAGAUUAUCCGCCAUUAGCAAGUGAAAUGAAGCUGUUCACUGAUAACGAUUGGCGUCCAAUAUGGGCACCUUUAUAUUCGACCAAAGAGGUGCCACCACUCGCAUUGUGCACAAGCAACCUUCAUAUGAAUUUACUUUCACUCAGUGAUCGUUGUGUAGUAAUCGAAGAAUGUGAAACGGCACUCUACCGACUAUUACAUGAUGAACUUGGAUUCGAUGUUAUUACAUGUCCUCUUCGAGUACUUAAUGAAUUUGGCGGUGGUCUUCAUUGCGUAACAUGGGAUAUUCGUCGACAAGAUUCAUGUACUGAUUACUUUCCGAAUCAAAAUUAUGAGUCCGAAUGUCAAUUGGAUCUUGACAACUAUUAUGAUAAAACAUUAUUCUCAAACGUUAAUGAGCAAAAGCCUUAA